AUGGCAACACAAGAAGAGAGCCAGGUUAAAGGAUGUAAAGAAUUCUUGCAGAAGUUUGAAAGAUGGGCAGAUCCGACCUGGGGCUUCUUCGUUUACGGCACCUAUACGCGCCCACAAGGCCAGGAAGUCUCAAACGAAGAUACAGAUAAGGAAGACAGAGCAGAUGCGACCGAUGAUGAUGCGCACUUCCAUGCAGUGGUCCGCAAGGUCUACGCCCACGCAACAGAUAACCUGCGUUACAGCAACCCCGCGCCGUACAACCAAAAGAUGAUAGACAUCUUACGUCUCGAUGCUGCUGCUUAUAUGCCUGGCGCGUCGCUUGACGUUGUCUGCAGGCAUUUCCGCCAACAUUAUGCUCAAAAGGUCUUCCCGGAGACAAUGGGUGAACCUGGGCCUCCCGCAAUACAGGACGACAUUCCCGACGAGGAGAAACUCGGUCCAAAGUGGGCCUGGUGUAUAGUCAUCGAUGAUGAGGCGCUUGAGAGUCUGGCGAACGGCCCCGAACCCAUAGGAGAUGCGCCGCCAGAAGGCGUAAGUUCUCUUAAACUGGCAUACAAUGCCAAGGAGGCGUUUGUAAAAUUGCUAGAUGGGAUGAAGACGACGAUGGAGGGGCCUGAAGUGAUCGCUGCAGGUGGUCGUCCAGGUGGUGAAGGACCUCAAACAGUGUGGAAUGGAUGGCUCAAGUUCUCGCCUGUGGAUCUUAUGGGUGUCUGGAUUCAGGCGGAGAGCAACGGUAUCAUUGAUCAGUUUCACGGAGAGGAUAAACUCUUUGACUGGUAG